AUGGAGUUUUACCUGGAGAUCGACCCUGUCACCUUGAACCUCAUCAUCCUAGUUGCAAGCUACGUCAUCUUACUUUUGGUGUUCCUCAUCUCCUGCGUGCUGUAUGACUGCCGAGGCAAGGAUCCCAGCAAGGAGUACGCUCCGGAGACCACACUGACCGCCCAGCCUUCCAUCCGAGUGGUGGUGACACAGCAUAGCGCUCAUGGAUCCCACUGGGUAAGGGGACCCAGCCUUCAUUUUAAGGAUCCUGCUCCAAUAGGGAAGAAAAGCACCGUGGUAUGA